AUGUCGACUUUAUCAAGAGAUCCCGUCGGCCAACAGCACCGUCGUAGGCUUGAUAGUCACUACCUUUCUGUGAGAGAUCUUCUUCUUGCACGACAGAGUGGAACUCUAGGAUUAAUUCCAGCUUUCGGAUCAGAUUAUGGGUGGGUGAGAGAUAACGUGUACUGCUCAGCUGCUAUUUGGGCUCUAGCAUUGGCUUACAGGCGAAUCGAUGAUGACAAAGGCAGAACAUAUGAACUGGAACAAAGUGCUGUUAAAUGCAUGAGAGGCAUCUUGUUUUGCUACAUGCAGCAAUCACACAAAGUUGAGCGUUUCAAGGCACUUCAAUCAUCUAAAGAUUCUCUUCACUGUCGGUUUCAUCAUAUUACUGGUGAUGCCAGCCAUGAUGAUGAAGACUAUGGUCACCUUCAGAUUGAUGCUACGUCGUUGUUCCUCUUGUUCUUGUCUCAAAUGACGACUUCAGGGUUGCAGAUCAUUUAUACAAUGGAUGAGGUGAACUUUAUUCAGAAUCUUGUCUACUAUAUUGAAAGAGCAUAUCGGACUCCAGACUAUGGAAUGUGGGAACGUGGGAGUAAAGAUAACAACAACAGUAGAGAACUGCAUGCCAGUUCAAUCGGAAUGGCCAAAGCUGCUCUAGAGGUCAUUAAUGGUCUAGACUUGUUUGGUUCUGAUGGUAAUGUUUCAUCAACAAUUUAUGUUGACCCCGAUGCACACAACAGAAAUCGCAUGAUCUUGGGAAGUUUGUUGCCACGAGAGUCAAGUUCAAAGGAAACAGAUGCGGGAUUGCUUGCCAUUACUGGAUAUCCUGCAUUUGCUGUGGAUGAUCGAGAACUGAAGAGUAAAACUGUUGAUCGUAUUUUGACGAAAUUGAAGGGAGAGUGUGGCUUCAAACGCUUUCUACGGGAUGGUCAGUUUACUCCAUUGGAAGACAAAUCUCGCAAGUAUUAUGGUCCUGCUGAAUUGAGGCAAUUUGAUGGCAUUGAGUGUGAGUGGCCAAUGUUCUUUGUCUACUUGAUGCUGGAUGCAUUGUUUAAGGGCGACAAACAAACUGCUGAUGAGUAUCACUCAAAACUCCAUUGUCUGAUGGUUUCCACUCCACAUGGAGUCAUACUCCCGCGAUAUUACAUGAUUUCUGGUGAUUUUGUGGUGGAAGAAAAAGCACAACCUGGAACUCAACCACGUAUUCCUGACCCAGAGCAAACAUUAUUUUUGUGGGGACUAUCUCUGUAUAUUAUUGCAUACCUGUUGUCAGAUGAGCUGGUCACAGUAGGAGAACUAGACCCACUAGAGAGACAUAUCCGGCCAAUGUUUAGGACUCAUUCAGUCAAACAGCAUUCUAGUCUGAAGACCGCACGUUCAGAUGUGAUUGUCCAAGUGGCUCUGAUAGCAGAAAAUUCUCGGCUACAGGCCUCGUUAGCUAUGUAUGGCAUUGAAACUCAGACUCUAACACAAGUUGAACCAAUCCAUGUGCUAUCACCAACCUAUCUAAUUGAAUUGUACUCAAAACUUGGAAUUAAUGAGAAAUUAGGUCUCUCUGGGCGUCCUUCUCGACCUGUUGGAGCAUUGGGCACAAGCAAGGUUUAUCGUAUUAUGGGAAGGACAAUCUCAUUUUAUCCAAUAAUUCUAGACCAGAGUGACUUUUACAUGUCACAUGACAUGUCACUUCUUUUGUACAAUAUCAGGAAUAUUAUAAGCUUCAUUCAUGAAAACUGGAACAUGCAAGGUCGACCAACCGUUGUUUUACUGUUGCGAGAAAAUACUUUGAGAGGGGAGCAUUUUUCUGAGGCAUUGGAGUUGAUGGCUGAGCUGAAGAGAGGCUAUUGCAGUGGUGCACGAAUUAGGCUUGAUAGAUUGCAGCCGAUGGUGUCAGCUUCUUGCGUGGAACAUCUUGACUUCAUUGUUGAACGAGAUUCGGGGCUAGCAGCUGUGUUUAGUCAUGAGAUGGACACACCACCAUUGAUGCGACAUCGCAGUCGCUCAAGUUUGUCACAUGCUCCUGGUCUCUUUGAACAGGUACUCACAUCACAAGUUAAAGCAACCAAAGAGAAUGAGUUGAUCAUUGAGGAGGAGGCAAAAGGGUGGUCAACUGAUUGGCUUGUUGAUCGACUUCAUGAUACCUCGAGUGUGGAAGGUCGCCUAAUCAUGCUUAAGAUUCUUUACUUUCGUGAAGGUGGAGCCUUUGACAUAGGACCCUCCGAAUCUGUUCUUGAUGUUGUCGAUCAAGUAUACAGAGAAGCAGGAGAUCUAAAACUGUGGAAAUACGUUCGAUUGGCUGCUAGUUUAUUGAAAAAGCUAGUUGACAGUUUGGCUCCAGCUAUAUCAACUAUGCUUGUCUGUGGGAAGCAGGUGACAUUGGGUGUCCCUGGGUUUAAAGAGCAUGUUAUUUCAGCCCCAAUCGGUCCAUUUGAAAUAAAAGACAUAAUGUACAAUGAAGUGCAGCAACAUUCUAUCUACGAAGCUGUACUCCAGCAGGAGCUUGUCAUAUUCUUGUCAUCAUACAUUUCAAGCUCUCCUCAGACAUUCGAAGGAAUGCUUCGCAUUCGAAUUGGGUGGAUCCUCCAAGCCAUGAAAAAUGAGCUGUGUGAAGAUGACGAACAAAUUGAACUGGAGUCGCUGUCACCCAACGCCAUCAAGACACUUCUUCACAAAGUUGUUAAUCCACAAGAGACAGAGCAGCGAGAAAGAUCGUGGCUGCAGAAACGACAACUGAGUGGAGCUCUAAACAAGGUACCUCCAAACUUCUAUGACAAAGUUUAUGCAGUGCUAGAAAAGACAAAGAGAAUCCAAGUCGCAGGCAAUACACUUGAGCAGCAUCCACUCAUAUAUGACAUGGCAAGAGGAGACAUGACAUUUGCUCUCAAAGUAGAAGAGACACUGAAGGAUGUGUCUCCACCCGAGUAUCGUCAAAUUGUUGUCGAACUGCUGAUUGUAAUAUCCGUUGCUUUGGAAAGAAAUCCUGAGGUGGAGUUUCAUCAGAGUGUUGAUAUUAAUGAGUUGAUUUCUAGUGCAGUGGAAUUGUUUCUCUCCGAAAAUUGUGAAUUCAAACAUGUCGGGAAGGCUGAAGGUUUAAAAUUAUUCUUCAACACCCCACCCUUUGACCGUCUCGGGACAACGAGCUACCUUGCUAGAGUUGUGAACAAACAGCUCCUUCUAGGAGGUGUGCAUGUAGGUGCAGAUGUGGAGUGUGUUGUUCAGUAAAGACUGUCAAAGGCUGUCUACACAUUGUUGUAAAUUAUGAUUUGAUUUUCUCUAUUAUUGGCAUCAAACAAGCUGUUUAUUGAGAAACCCUUCAAUUCUCCUGUCUGAUUUCAAUUUCCCAGUAUUUCAACAAGUGUAAUACCAGUCGUCAGGCAAGUGUGUGGUUUACAUAGACCAUAGAUUGCUCCAAUUUUCCAGCUGCGUUGCAAUGAUUUACAUGUAGCUGUGAAAUUGGAAUAGAUACGUACAGUAGUUCGAGAAUGUUUAUUAAGUAUGGAUUUCUAGUAUCGUGGAUUAGUUAGUAUUUGCAUUGUCUUUCCACAACCUGUUCAUUUCCAGUACUUCUGUUAAAGUCACAAUUUUCCGCCAAAUUGUCCAGCACAUAAUUAAAGCACGUGGAAUGUACUGUAAACCAUGUAGUGCCAUAGCAUC